GCUUUCGCGGCAAAAAGGAUUUGGCGCGCAAAGGCGCGCGGGGCCGGAGCGCGGGACAGCCCGGCGGCGGCGCGGCGCGGAACGGCCCCGCGCCCGGCAUGGGCCGCGCCCCCGCCCCGGCCGCGGCCCCGCGCCCCGCGCCGCCCGUCACCUGAGCCAUGGCUACGGCGGGCGGCGCGGCGGGGCUGGCGGCGCUGCUGGGCGGCGCCUCCCCGCACCUCCUCAUCGUCUCGGCCUCCGAGGAGCCCGCGGGCGGCUGCCGCCCCGACGCCGACCUCCUGCUCUUCGCCACGCCGCAGCCCUCCCGCCCCGGCCCCGCGCCGCGCCGCCCCGCGCUGGGCCGCCCGCCGGUGAAGCGGAAGCUGAACUUGGAGACGGAUCACCAGUACAUAGCCGAGAGCCUGCCCGCGGCCCGCGGCAGGGCCCGGAUCCCCGGCAGAGGGGCAAAGUCUCCUGGGGAGAAGUCCCGCUAUGAAACCUCGCUGAACCUCACCACCAAGCGCUUCCUGGAGCUGCUCAGCCAAUCCCCCGACGGUGUGGUGGACCUCAACUGGGCGGCCGAGGUGCUGAAGGUGCAGAAGAGGCGCAUCUACGACAUCACCAAUGUCCUGGAGGGCAUCCAGCUCAUCACCAAGAAGUCCAAGAACAACAUCCAGUGGCUGGGCAGCCAGGUGGCCGCGGGGGCCUCCAGCCGACAGCGGCUGCUGGAGAAGGAGCUGCGGGAUCUGCAGGCGGCCGAGCGGCAGCUGGACGAUCUCAUCCAGACGUGCACGGUGCAGCUGCGGCUGCUCACUGAGGAUCCCUCCAACCAGCACGCAGCCUACGUCACCUGCCAGGACCUCCGGAGCAUCGUGGACCCCUCUGAGCAAAUGGUGAUGGUUAUCAAGGCACCCCCAGAGACCCAGCUGCAAGUCUCGGACCCGGGAGAGGCUUUCCAGGUCUCCGUGAGAAGCACUCAGGGCCCCAUCGACGUGUUCCUCUGUCCCGAGGACAGCUCAGGGGUCUGCAGCCCCGUCAAGAGCCCCUUCAAGGCACCUGCUGAGGAGCUCUCCCCCGGCUCAUCGCAGCAGAGAGCCUCCCCGCUCCUGCAUUCUGCCCAGGAUGUGAACAUGCUGCUGCCUGGUGAGCAAGAGGCACUGCUCCCAGGCACAGCGCUGCCGACCAAGUGCCCCACAGAGGACGUGAGCCUGUCGCCGCUAGCCUCCAUGGACACACUCCUGGAGCAUGGCAAGGACGAUUUCCCGGGCUUCCUGGCGGAUGAGUUCAUUGCACUGUCACCACCACAGCCACAGGAUUACCACUUCGGCCUGGAGGAGGGUGAGGGCAUCAGUGAGCUCUUUGACUGUGACUUUGGGGACUUCACGCACUUGGACUUCUGAGGCUUUGUCCUGAUUUCUGAAGCUGCCUCACUGCCAAGGGGACGUGGGCAGGGCUGAGGACAGCCACACGGUGCCCUGUGCCUUGGCGUGGCUCUGGUGCCUUCCUGGGGUCCCUGUGCUGCAGCAGCCCUGGGACCCCCUCCAUCUGUCCCCUCUGCAAUAUUUUCUUCCUUCCUGUCCGACAUGUCCGCGCCACAAUGGGACGGAGCCCAGCUUGGUGCUUGAGCCCUCACUGGGGGCUGCUCCUGUCCCAGAAGGAGGAUGCUGGGGAGCAAGGGGUCCCCAUUGGGUGUCCCCCACUGCGGGCAGCCGCAGGGUGCCCGUGGCAGAGCUUUAAGCAGUCCUGUGUAUAGAUUGGAUUAAUUUAUUAUUGUUCCCUGGGGACAGCGUUUAGUUUCCCGGGAGGGGUCGGGGGGUAUGUGGUGGUGUGGGGGUGCCGGGAGGUUUCCUUGUGCUGGGAGGGGCCAGCUCUGUGGGGUGGCACCGUGCCGGCAGAGCGCGGGGUAUUUAUUUAUUAUUUAUGCCAUGAGGGGCUCUCCUGGGAUGGCGGGAAUGGGUGCUGUGGGAGAUGGUGCAGGAGGAGGUCCCAGCAAGCUGUGCUGGCCCCAGAACUGCGUGCAUUAGAUGGCUGCAGGAAGAGCGAUGGGGAGGGCUGGGGGUGUCCCGGGAUGUAUGAGGAUGGGGAAUAUGUGCACCCCCAAGCCCCAGUGAGGACCAAAUGUUGUCUCCAGGCUUUCUCUUUAAUUUCCUGCGCAGCCCUUCAGGCUGAGUGCAUUUUGGGUUUGUUUCCUCCUCCCUGGCUCCAAGGGGCUGUGGGGAGGAUGGAAGGGCCCCGGGGCCAGGCUGGAGCCGCACUUUCACUUACUGCCUUUAACAAGCUUGUGUUCCGCUGAGCUUCGUGUUUAAUAAAGGUUUCUACUGACUGUGCCCUUCA